GAAUUACUCAAUAAAGCUUGCGACAGUCAAUAGCACAAAGUUCAGUGACCAAGUGGAGCAAGAAAGAGGAACAAGAGAAGAGUGUUGGAGAAUUUUGGUGGAGUCAGCACUUCAGCAUCGAACGCUAUAAGGAUUAUACUCAAACACGGUGGAGGUGAUCUCAGAUGGAUUACGCCAUGAAGAUGCUCACCCUGCCGACUCCAUCUUCCCUCUCCAGUUCUGUGACAGCCGGCCUCUCAGCCGGAGCCUCUAUGACUCAGCAGCUCCUGACGGGUCGAGCUCCCCGGCCAAAGCCCUUCAGGGUCUCAAAUGCCGACCGCAGCGUGAAGAAGGGCAUCAUGGCCGACACGCUAGAAGACCUGAUUAACAAGGUCAGCGGCUCGUUGAAUGUAGCGUGUGUCGGCGCCAUGGUGCUGGAGGAAGACGGCACAGGGGUGGACACAGAGGAGUACUUCCAGACGCUGCCUGAAAACGCCGUCCUCAUGGUGCUGGAGGAGGAAUGCAAGUGGACCCCACCUCCGAACAGCCACUCCAAAGACCAGCUGAGUGAGCUCAGGCCACAGCAGCGGAGAGAUGUGGUCAAGUUGACUUUUGACCUCUACAAAAACAACCCCAAGGAUUUUAUCGGCUGCCUGAACGUGAAAGCAACCAUGUACGGUGUUUAUUCUCUGUCCUACGACCUGCACUGUCACAAUGCCAAAAACAUGCUGAAGGAGGCUCUGCGAUGGGCCAUCUUCACCAUGCAGGCCACGGGACACAUCCUGCUGGGCUCCUCCGGCUACAUCGAGCAGCAGCUGCUGGAGGAGGAGGAGGAGGAGGAGGAGCGGGCGGAGAGGAGGCCGGAGCUGCCGCAGGAGAGCCGGAUCAGGCAGCUGCAGAGCAUGCUGCUGGCGAGGAUCACACACUGAUGAAGAACUGAAGCUGACAAUGGUCCACUAUGAGACGUAGGACACCGUGUAGAUGGUCACAGAUGAGAUAGGGAUCUCUACAUGUUCAUGUCCCAGUUUGCGGACAUUGCAUCAGUCUCACUGUCACUUUCUUACUCUGUUACAUUUUUCUGCACUUUAUGUACACGCUGAUACCACAUUUUAUUUGACAGAAAGCACGUUUACUCACUUAUGUAGCUUUUUCCUAGGGUGAUGAAUAAAUUAAAGUACAACUGUUUUUAAAAGGACAUAUUCUGCUUGAUUUCAAGUUCAUAUUUGUGUUUUGUGCCUCUGUGACAUGUUUACAU